CCCACCCUUCCGCUUGCUGCUUCUUCUUCCUCUUUUCCUUCCUCCCACCACUCACCCACUUUUCAAUUUUUAUUCGUCUAGGUCUUGCUGCCUAAACAUCCUUCCAUCUCUCCAAUCUACAUUACACGCAAUAACUUCUCCAUCUUCCACCAUGCCUCCCAAGAAAGCUACCAGCGUGACCAAGAAGGCCGCCGCUCCGGCUCACGCUUCCUACCGUGAUAUGAUCAAGGAUGCUAUUGUCAACCUGAAAGAGCGCAAUGGUUCUAGCCGUCAGGCCAUUAAGAAGUACGUGUCGGCGAACAACAAGAUCAACGUCGCGUCUCAGGCCACUUUCGAUGCCCAGUUCAACAAGGCCAUCAAGGCUGGCGUUGAGAAGGGCGAGUUCACUCAGCCUAAGGGUCCCUCUGGUCCCGUGAAGCUGGCUAAGAAGGAGGCUGCCCCCAAGCCCGCCGCUAAGCCUGCUGCUAAGAAGGCCACCACUGCCAAGAAGCCUGCCGCCAAGGCCACUGCCACUGCCACCAAGAAGACUACCUCUGCUCCCAAGAAGACUGCGACUAAGGCGGCCACUACCCCCAAGGCCUCUGCUACUAAGAAGGCUACCGCCACCAAGAAGACCACUGCUGCCAAGCCCAAGGCCAACUCUGGUAAGGCCCGCAAGACCACGACCACUGCCGCUCCGGCGAUCGUUGAGCAGCCCAAGGUCAUUGGCAAGACCAAGUCUGGCCGAGUCACCAAGACCACAGCGGCUCCCAAGCCCGCCACCAAGAAGCGCGCCACCCCUAAGAAAUAGAGGAUCAUUAUCGCGUCCUUUUUUCUUGACUCGAUUCAGUCCUCCCAUUUCUCACGUGCGCUUUUUGUUUUUCGGGAGGGCGAUUUGAUUCCUUACGGUGCUUUCUUCUCUUCCGCUGUAAUUUCUUUUCCGCCAUCUUCUGACAAGCUUCAAUCUUGGUGGCUCGACCCUACCUCUGGCUCUGGCUAUGGAUAGCCUUGAUUAUUUUGAUGGUCUUUCUUUUGUCACACCUUUUUUUUUUCUUUUUCUUUUUUUUUUUUUUACCCUCGUGCUUGUUUUCUGGGAAUAUCUUCGUUAUGAUGGGCUUUGUCUUUGUACACUCCAAAGUCGAAGGGAUGGCGUCUUGCGGCGGGCUGUGCUCAAUGGGGAAAUCGUUUUUUUUUUGGUUUCAAUGUUCUCUUUUUUUUUUCUCUUGUUUCCACUUGCUCUCUAUCGAAUCUGAGUGUUUUGAAUCACUUCAGUUCGGGAUCUUUGGGAGACUGUUCGAAUUGGAAUCUCUUUUGAACCGUGCUUCGUGCCUUGUGUUGCUUGUGUAGGU